AUGUAUAUUUUAGAUGCUCAAAAUUGGAUUGAAAGUAAAAGGACCUUAAUAUCAAAGUAUUCUUCUUACCAAAUUUUGAAUAGUGAUCACUGUUCAUUUCAGCAAGAAUAUAUUGCAUCAAGAACAUUUUCUUUUACUGGUGAAAGAACAACAGAAGUGACUGUUAAAAAGAAAUAUAAUACAACACAUUCUUAUACUGUCCAACCUGUUACAUCAGCCGACGGUCAUUUAUUAGACAAGUUCUUGCUUAUUCUUCAAGAAAAAGGAAAUACAUUUGGUAAAAAUGUGCAAAAACAUUUAAUUGUACCACCAAACAUUGUAGUUGAAGCUUCAAAAUCAGGAAAAAGCAGCAAUGAAAAACAGACUGCUUUUUUACAUGAAGUUUUAUGUCCUUUGGUUGGUAAAAAAGUUCUUCUUUUCCUUGAUUCUUGGAAAACUCAACCUGAUCUAACAAAAUUUAGAGCAGGAUUUCCUAAUCAAGACAGUCAAUUAUUGAUUUUUCCUGAAGGAUCAACAGGUUAUAUUCAACCACAAGAUCUUUCUUUAUUUCGUUCAUGGCGAUUUAUUCAUGAAAAAAUCGAACAUUACGUUCAUAUCAAUCAAGUAGAAAUGACCAUAAGUGAUCGUUAA